CCCGUUUUCCCUUCAAAGGCGACCGAGAUGCGUGUUACAUCUACUGAAAGCCGCCGCCCAUCCACGCGGCUAGAUUUUUUCUUGUGAAAGGGUCCUCCUCGGCUCCUCCCUCCGCCGUGGCAGAACUGCAUUUUCUAAAUCAAUUUCAUUCAUGCAUGUCGGUUUGAUCCUAUCAUCAACACUCAAAGUCUUCUCCGUCUCUACGUCACUCCUUAACCUGGGUCAAUCUGACGCAACCGCCGCUUAAUCGCUCCAUCUCCAUCUCAGGCAUAGUAUACAUCACCAGCCAAGCACUUUAGACCAAGAAGAAGAAGAAGAAGAAGGCGAAUAGGCGAUGUUACUCUCCAGAGAACUGUCUCGAGGCGGCGGGUUCAGUAGAUUUAGAAGGAUAUUAUGCUUUCCCAUGGACCAGCUCAAUCACCGACAUAACUUGAUUUCCCGCACAGACUACUUCUCCCCAGUAGAUGUUUCCCGAAAGGUAUCUGGCCGGAGAGGAAUUUAUGAAUGGGUUUCAACUGCUGUGAGAAGUAUCGGGCAGAACAUGCAUCAACAAAACAGUGUUUUAGCUGAGGAGCAAGUAGAUCCAUUCUCACUAGUGGCUGAUGAACUUUCACUCGUGGCAGACAAGUUGAGGUCAAUGGUUGUUGCAGAGGUACCCAAGCUUGCUUCAGCUGCUGAGUAUUUCUUCCGAAUGGGGGUGGAAGGAAAGAGGCUCCGACCUACGGUUGUGUUGUUGAUGGCAACAGCAUUAAAUGGACCACCAGUUACAAGAUCACCAUCUGAGGCAACCUUUGAUUCUUUUUCACCCAUGGAAGUCCGCAAAAGACAACAGUGUAUGGCGGAGAUCAUUGAGAUGAUCCAUGUUGCUAGUUUACUUCAUGAUGAUGUGUUGGAUGAUGCUGAAACAAGGCGAGGGAUAAGCUCACUGAAUCUUGUAAUGGGAAAUAAGUUAUCUGUAUUGGCUGGAGAUUUUCUGCUUUCCAGAGCAUGUGUGGCACUUGCCUCUUUGAAGAACACAGAGGUUGUGACAUUGCUUGCAAAAGUUGUCGAACACCUUGUUACUGGGGAAACAAUGCAAAUAACAACUAGUGCUGAUCAACGGUGUAGCAUGGAGUAUUAUAUGCAGAAGACAUACUAUAAGACGGCAUCACUGAUUUCAAAUAGUUGUAAAGCUAUUGCUCUUCUGGCUGGCCAAACUGCAAAAGUUUCUAUGCUGGCAUUUGAGUAUGGAAAAAAUCUGGGAUUGGCAUUUCAAUUAAUAGACGAUGUUUUAGAUUUCACUGGCACAUCAUCUACUCUCGGGAAGGGAGCAUUGUCAGACAUUCGUCAUGGAAUCAUAACUGCUCCAAUAUUGUUUGCAAUGGAAGAAUACCCCCAGCUGCGAUCCGUUGUUGACCGUGGGUUUGAAGAUCCUGAGAACAUCGAUCUGGCACUGGAGUACCUUGGGAAGAGUCGUGGUAUACAACGAACAAGAGAGCUAGCGAAAGAGCUCGCUAGCCGUGCCUCAGAUGCUAUUGGCUCUCUUCCAGAGAGUGAUGACGUAGACGUUCAAAGGUCAAGACGGGCUCUAGUAGAACUCACUCACAGAGUCAUCACAAGAACUAAAUAGACUGGAAGUGUAAAGAAACAGAUCAGUGAUUUUUUUGUUUCACCUUCAUUCCCUGUAAUUCACGGGGAAGUUUUAUUCCGUUAUUGUUUCAUCAGUUUUGGUGAUUAAUAAUACUGUUUUCUUAAAGAAAAGCCCCUAUGCUGUGAUGGCGUGAUGGCAAAGUCAUGUAAAUUAGAUGUUUCCAAAGAAAAAGAUAGUUUACUUGGUCUGUUUUAACAGCUA